AUGGAAGAAGUCAACCAAGAGACGAGCGACGGCGGCGUCGUGCACGCCCACGUCCAGUUCGCCGAGGCCGCGGCCAAUGGCUCCAAGACCAUGGUCGAAUUCCUCCUCGACAAUGGCGCCGACAUUGAUGCGCCUGGCCGUGAUGGAACGACGCCGCUCUGCGCCGCAGCGCUCUGGGGCAACGAAGCAAUGGUCAAGUUCCUGCUUUCGCGCGGCGCCCGCGUCUCGGCCCGCAACGACGGCACGGCGUGGACGGCGCUGCACGCAGCGGCAUUCCAAGAGCACGGCAAGGUCGUACGUAUCCUCCUCGACGCGGACGCCGACCCGUACGCUCGCGACGCUGAGGGCCGGACGCCCACCGACUAUGCGAGCAUCUCGGAGGCGAUCUGGGCCUUCUUUGCAGCGCGCGGGUGCGAGAAGAGCCUCAAGUCGGACCUUGUCGGAAAAGGAAUCAUCCGCAAGGUCGCGCCGGACCAGCCCGAGCUCGGCAACGACAACAUUCCCGAGUUCUCCCGGCCAGGGUCGUCGUACCAGCGCACCCAGUUCAACCCGCUCCAGUCCAGCAAGCCCAAGUCGCGCGACGGGCGCUCCAACAGCUUUGUGGAUCCGCUGGGGUCGUCCAAGCUGCCGCCGCCGACCGCGCGGCGUCCGUCGCUCCACGGCUUUGCACUAUAA